AUCCGUAUCAAGCCUAGGAUGCAGGCUGUUGUAGUCGUGCUGCUAUGUUUCUUUGCAAUUUUCUCGCAUGCAUCUCUCUUACAUGUAGCUCAGACGAAAGACGCUCCUAACGUUCUGAACUUUGCCUCGGCGGUAACCAGCGCCACCAUUGGUGGUUAUGCUAAUGGCAUUGCUUUGCUUGGAACAGAAAAGCUACCUGCUCACUCUUGUCGACAAAUAGCUGAGCUUCGUCGUGAUGUGGACAAUGGUGUUUAUCAUAUCAAAAGUGUUGUUACUGGUGAUUCCUUUCCUGUUUUCUGUGAUAUGGCAAAUGGAGGCUACACAAUGGUCUACAAAGCGGUUAGUGGAGUAUCAGGAAAUGUUGCAAAUGUGUGGACUAAAACAGGAGUCUCCAAUGAGGAACAAGUGAAUGCACUCAACACAAAUAACUUCUUCAAGGGUCACUACAAAAACAGAAUUGUUGACGAAUGGAGAUCAUAUAGACCCAAAGAGGUUGUUGUUGUAUUGUACAAAGGAGGAGCUGAGGUGGUUAGGAUGGUUUUCGAUGGUCAUCUGUCCAGAAAAAAUUCUUGGUUUACCAAACAACGUCUUGCCUUCUCUCCGUACACUGAUCUGAAAACAAGUUCCACUAACUAUUUUGGAAUCCAAGGACACAAAACUCGUGAAUGGUUUAUUAACAAAAACUAUGGUGGUUGUGGAAAAGAUGCAGGAUGGCUUGUCUUUUACUCUCCUGGUCUUGGUUGCUCUUGGGAACCAAAGACCAAAAUUCAAAUCAAAUACAGUCGUACCAAUAAAGCUCAGAACUGGUCAAAUGGUAAUGUGGGAGAAGCAGAUGCCAUGGCUGUCUUUGUUGACUGAUUAAGUGCUAGCUCUGGGCAUGCAUGCUGGUUGGGUUUUGUGUUUGUCUUGACUGUUAUUGUUGUGUCUGUAGUUAGACUUUACAGAAGCUCAGCUGCUUAUCAUGGAUAUCUAGUAGACAGUAGACCUAUUGAUUGCACAGUUAUUUUUGGAUGCUGCCCCAUGCAUUAUGGCUGGCUUGUCUUAAUGUACAAUAAUUGUCAUUGCAAACGU